AAUAGCAGUUGUCUUAAUGAGCUACAGGACGAAAGAGGUCUUUGUCUGCUGCACAAUUGUGAGACUUCAAAGCUACUGCGACAACCAGUCGGGCAGCGCCGAAAGGGGUGUCCGAAGUUCCCACCACUUAGUGAUUGGCCUCUAGCAUGAGUUGUGAUCCAGGACGACUGCAGCAUCGCCAGUUUGCGGGGAAGACGACAAUAUAAGCGGAUACACCAUGUGCAGGCAGCCGCAUCACGCAGCCAGUUUGUAGUGGGCUUGAAAGCCUGCGAAGUUUUAUUUAGCAGGCCGGCACUUUGCAAUUCAGCGGGACGGUCCCAUCACCCUCAUGUUCUCCUUCGCAAUUAUCACCUCAUCUGGACUCCGUUAGAGAUCGGCUCAACCAUCGCCAAACCGCUGCCAUGGAGGUCUUCAUGCGAAAUCUACCUACUGAUCUUACAGACCAAGGUCUGAAGAGCCAGCUAAUGCCCUUAAUCCAACCCUUGCGCAUUAGCGACUGGGCAUGCCAGAGCCAACGUAGAAAGCCGUUCGGCAGCAUUCUGUUCCUGCACGCCAAAGACGGUGAUAAAUUCCUGCGAAAGUAUGGAGAGCAGCUCAUCCAGGGUUUCACGCCCGGCGGCAAGCCUCGUUCGAGAGCGCGCUUGCAAAUCUUCAACAGAGCUGUCUACUGUACGCCUAGCAAGAACUCCCUUGAUCCCUUCGCCCUCAAGGCCCUGGCCAAGGUCGCCGAGGAUCGUCGUAACGGCCAAGAGCAACAUCAACCCAAGCCGCCUGAAGACACCAAGGUCAUCUUCGGCGCCCAUUUUCUCUCCUGCGGUUACUAUAGCUACUUUAAGGACGACCUAGUCUAUGUUCCCGAGGUGGAGUGGUCAACCCCACAAGGUGUUGCCAAGUUCGUCAAGAAUGCACUCAUUAUCACCUUCAAUAGCCGCGGCGGAUUGAUCAGAGUAGAAUUUCCCUUUCGAAUCAUCGAUUCCGUUGUUGCUUCUCCUCGGAUGACAACUUUGACACUGACUCUUUGGGAGUCGCCGCGUUUCUUCGAAGUAGCCGACCCCAACGCCGUCAUGAUGGACGCCCUCGCCAUCCGGACUGAAGUCAAUCAAAACCUGAAGACAACCCGAACCAGACUUGUGGCGCUGCCUAACGGUUCACGUCAGCACCACCAAGUUCUGGGACAAUCUUUGGUAUACCGCAUUUCCGCCUGGCAGGACGGGUUCCAUGACAAUGUCCAAAAGUUGCGUCUGCGGGAUCUCCUGUCUAUCGUUACCCAUGAGUUUGCCUUCGUACCUCCUUACGAGCAGAAGAGUCUAACCGAUGGGUUGCGGGCUUUCAAUGCAGCUGUGUCUGAAUACGUCGGACGGAUUUCCUUCAACGUCCUUUAUCAGCUUGAGGCUUUGGUCAAGAAUGGCUACCUUCUGCCCUGGACGGUCCAGGAACUCAUGGUAAAGAUUGCCAAGAACGGCGCAGUUGAUGAUAAUGGGCCUUCCAAUGUGGCCUCAAACACCUAUUCAAUUUCUGGGCAAGCUGUCAAGAAGUUGUUUUUGCAGAUUCCGUUCCCCAGCUUUGAAACUCCAGCUUCAACAUUUUCUGUCGAUGGGCUUUGGGACUAUCUUCAAGAAAAUGAGAAGGAGAUACGCCAGGGUGUGGCCAAAGAGUUAAUAUCAGAGAGGGCGCGCCAAAAUCUCACCAUGGUGUACAAGGUACAGGUGACGCCGACAAGCAUAGCACUAGGUGGUCCAGAGCCGGAAGCCAAGAACCGCAUUCUUCGACGGUUCCCGGAUCACACCGAGUAUUUCGUACGGAUGCAAUUUUGCGAUGAAGAUGGCAGAGACUUACAUUUCAAUGCUGAAGUGUCGAACCAGCGCAUCUACGAGCGGUUUAAGCAGAUUUUCACCAACGGCUUGUCGAUUGGCGGGCGCGUAUACGGCUUCCUUGGCUUUUCCCACUCGUCGCUUCGAAGCCACGCGGCCUGGUUCAUGGCUUCAUUCGUACACAAUGGAUCUUUGGAGACGUAUGUCACGGUGAUACGGGGUCUGGGAAAGUUCAGUCACAUCCAAUCGCCUGCCCGCUGUGCCGCUCGGAUAGGCCAGGCCUUUUCCGAGACACCUUUUGCCAUUUCCCUGGCUCAGGAGGGUAUAACCAGCGUACAGAUGGCUGAUGUCAAGUCCAAAGACGAGAAGCGCGUCUUCAGUGAUGGCGUGGGUACCAUCUCCCGUCAAGUCAUGGAGGCGAUCCAUGCCGCCAUGCCCCAGCGCAUCGCCAAGUCGGCCCCAACUUGUUUUCAAAUCCGUUUAGGGGGGGCCAAGGGCAUGCUCGGGCUAGAUGAGAGGAUAGGCAAUGUUCAUCCUAAGGCCAUUUUCCUCCGCCACUCCAUGGUCAAGUUCCAGAGUGAUGUUAUUGAGAAUCUAGAGAUCUGCGAUAUGGCCAAAAAGCCUAUUCCAAUGGUUCUGAAUCGUCAGAUGAUCAAGAUUCUUGAAGACAUGGGGGUGCCCGAUGCCUGGUUCCUAAACGCCCAGAAUCGCGAGCUGAAGCGUCUACGCCUCAUCACGGCACACACCCACAAUAGCGUUGCAUUCUUAAAGCACCGGAAGAUUGCUGACCAAGUUGGCUUGCCGCAGCUGAUCAAGCGUCUUGAUAAAAUCGGCACCUGCUACAAAAAUGACGAUUUCCUCCGAUCCGUGGUGCAGGCGGCUGUGUUGCAGGAACUGCGUCUGCUCAAGCAUAAAGCCAGGAUCCCCAUCGACCAAGGUGUGACGCUCUUCGGUAUCAUGGACGAAACGGGCUUCCUUGAGGAGGGCAGUAUUUACGUGACGUUCGAUCGUGCCUCCUACGUCCGAGGCAGUGCUGCCGACUUGAACGACCGCGAGAUGAUUGUUACACGCUCACCUGCUUUGCAUCCUGGCGAUAUACAGUUGGCUUUCAAUCACAUCCCUCCCCCCGGCCAUCCUUUACGGGCAUUGAAGAACUGCAUCGUCUUCUCUCGUAAAGGUACCAGGGACUUGCCGAGCUGUCUCAGUGGGGGCGACUUGGAUGGCGAUAUCUACAAUGCUAUUUGGGAUCACGGUGCUGUCCAAGAAUGCAAGAGGCUCUUCGAACCGGCAGACUACCCCCGCGUAGAUCCGCGGGACAUCGGGAGACCGGUCGAGCGAGAGGAUAUGAGCGAUUUCUUUAUCAAUUUCAUGUCCACGGACCAGCUAGGGCUCAUUGCUGUGAAGCACAUGAUCUUGGCUGACCAGAGAGAGGCUGGGACUGUCGACAAGGAUUGUAUGCUGCUUGCUCAGCUGCAUUCCACGGGUGUCGAUUAUUCCAAGACGGGUAUCCCCGUGGAUAUGUCACAACUCCGCGGCAUCAAGUACAACCGAUACCGCCCUGAUUUCCUCGCUCCCGCACCGCCCGCUAAUAUAAAGAACCGUACCGAGAUCUACUUUGAAGCCCCAAUCGCCCCUUCAUCGGACCAAAACGACGAGGACGAUGACAUGGGGCCACAAUUCCAGUACUAUGCUUCAGAGAAAAUCCUCGGACAGCUGUACCGUGCCAUAGACGAGAAGAAGAUAUGGAGCGAACACGUCAAGGCUCCUCACACCACACGCGGUCCGGAUGUCUGGGGCACGCUGCUCGCUGACGUCAACAGGCUCUGCGCGAUCUAUAUUGGCAAGAUUGCCUGGGAACGUUUAGCCUCCAAGGCUAUGGGAAUUCGAGCCACAUACGAGGACGCCAUAAACAACGCCAUGGUCGACUACUCGGAACAUGCAGCAAAGCCCCUGACAGAACUUGAGGUCUUUACCGGAACUAUCUUCAACAAGUCGGGUGUCCAAAACCGCCGACAGCGUGACAUGUCACUUCGACUCAAAGACGAGUUUGAUCGUAUCGCGCAGUGGGCAGCGGCUCUGUUGCGCAAGCGCAGCAUGGACUCUAUCGCUGCUGAUGACAAUGAUGAUGAUGGUGAAAGUGACACCACCGAAGCGCCCUCUAUCAAUCGUAAUGCCUCCGAUAACGAAGACCCGCUGGCUCUCAGCCUCGCCUGUCUGAACGUUGGCUGCGAAACGGUGCAGAGCAAUGGGCAGGGUCGUGGCCGUGGCUUUGAGCUGCAAAGCUUCAAGGUGAUUGCCGCUUGUUGCGUUCUCAAGGAGCUCGAUGCUGCUGUCAACCGAGCCGAAAUCAUGGCUGGUAUGGCAGCUGUUAGCGAUAGCUUCGUUGGCGUUCGCACUGGCAGAUAAUGUGCGACAUGUACACUAUUUUAUUUGCAUGACUGCACUGACGUGUUCGUCCAAGCAAGGAAGGACGAACGCUUAUGCUGUGAAAUCGAUCCUAUCACGCACAGCUGGCGUUGUAGAUGGAUAACUAGAUACGCAAGUAGCCUGGCAGAUAUUGAAUCGACUGCAACGAGC